AUGGUCACCGCGCAUGGCUCUUACCUCUUGAAGCUCCUCAGUCAUCUUGGUGAUGAACUCCUGAGCGCCUGGCACCUUGUGCCUAGCACCCUCGCGGGGAAGCGUGCGGUGAAGCAUGCCUCCACAUGGUGCUCGAGCGCCUCCCUCGUGACAUUGUCUAGGUGCUUGGAGGAAAGCCACGAAGCAACUACACUCAAUGAAAAAGACGGUGAGGACGCCAAGUUCAUUGGACAAGAAGAAGAGAUGCGGAAGAAGCUACAGGCUCCGGACGACCGGCCCAUCCCGGACGUCCGGCCCCUGAGGGCCACACCAGCCAAGGGAUACCAGGCCACAUCCCUUAAUGUUGCUGCAACAUACCUAUAUGAUAGCCACUCUAACUUUAGUGUUUUUGUAGGUGCCUUGCUAAUUGCCAGGACCAUCGCAGUAAUCCUUCCAUUAUGGCUGUCGACAUCCCUGGCCGCAAGACAAGGGCCUGUUCCAAUGGCUGGCUAUGAGAUAAGCUUGCAAGUCUGGCUAACAAUUUCUCUACUUAAUGAUGCACUGGCUCUUGCUGGUCAGGCUCUGCUUGCAAGUGAAUAUGCGAAAGGGAACUACAAGCAGGCCCGCUUGGUUUUGUACAGGGUUCUGCAGAUUGGAGGUGUCACUGGUCUUGCACUUGCUGCAACCUUGUUCCUUGGGUUUGGAUAUUUGACCUUGCUGUUUACAGAUGAUCCAGCAGUUCUAGAUGUUGCGCAGUCUGGAGUCUGGUUUGUCACUAUUACUCAGCCGAUAAAUGCUAUUGCUUUUGUGUUUGAUGGGCUCUACUACGGUGUUUCUGACUUCGGCUAUGCCGCAUACUCCACACUUUUCGCGGGGGUCGUCGCUUCAGCCUUCCUCCUUGUCGUUGGUCCCAACUUUGGUCUUGGUGGUGUAUGGGCUGGUCUUACUCUCUUUAUGGGUCUGCGAGCAGUUGCCGGGUUCUGGAGGUUAGGGAGCAAAGGUGGACCAUGGGAAAUAGUCUGGUCAAAGACUGAUUAAUAUACCAAGAAUACGUAGGAAGCAUUUUGAGGCAAUCACAGCGCUACAUUUUAAGGUCAUAGUCAUAGUGCAUGACCGUGGAUGUUGAAUGGUUCGAUCUCAAACAGAGCAAGGAUCAGCAGAAGGAAGAAAACCUAGGCGGAUAGUGUCAGUCAUUUGUAACACAAGAAGAGGCACUGUUUUAUCUCAAAAGGAAAAGAGACGAAGAGGGACUGCUUCUGCAGUAGGACAGACGAGAGGCUGCAGAAGGUGGGUAGGUGUUCCCUCUUGCUGUGUCUGCUGCAGGAGGUUGUUUCUCCCUUCCACUGUACAAGGAAGCUGUGUACAGAAGUACUAGAUACACAAAGGCCUCCCAUAUAUUUUUCUUCCUUUGUGCCAUGUAGGAGUGAACUUGCCAUAUUUUCUUCAGAUAUGCAAGUGAACAGAUGAUGGAGUAGUGGCCAUUCUCAGUCA